AUGGAAAGAGCAUCAGCUAUGGACAUCCACAAGAUUUCCAUACAGAAUGUGACAGAAGCUACAGUUUUUAUACUCUUGGGCUUCACAGAUGACUUUGAACUGCAGGUCUUCCUAUUUUUACUGUUUCUUGCUAUCUAUCUUUUCACUCUGAUAGGAAACUUUAGACUGGUUGUUUUGGUUAUUGGGGAUUCUCGGCUACACAACCCCAUGUACUAUUUCCUCAGUGUUUUGUCUUUCUUGGAUGCCUGCUAUUCUACAGUUGUUACCCCCAAAAUGUUGAUCAACUUCCUGGAAGAAAAUAAAUCAAUUUCAUUCCUUGGAUGUGCAACACAGAUGCUUCUCUUUGUUACUUUGGGGACCACAGAAUGCUUUCUGUUGGCAGCAAUGGCAUAUGACCGCUAUGUAGCCAUCUACAACCCACUUCUGUAUGCAGUGACCAUGUCACCCAGAGUCUACGUGCCACUCAUUAUUGCUUCCUAUGCUGGUGGAGUUCUGCAUGGUGCAAUUCACACAGUGGCCACUUUCAGUCUGUCCUUCUGUAGAUCUAAUGAAAUUAGGCAUGUCUUCUGUGAUAUACCUCCAUUGCUUGCUCUUUCUUGUUCUGAUACACACACAAAUGAGCUUCUCCUAUUAUACUUGGUGGGUUUGAUUGAGAUCAUCACCAUCCUGAUUGUUCUGAUCUCCUAUGGAUUCAUACUCUUUGCCAUUCUGAACAUGCAUUCUGCUGAGAGUAGAAGAAAAGUGUUCUCUACAUGUGGCUCCCACCUCACUGGAGUGUCUAUUUACCAUGGUAGUUAUAUGAGGCCAAGUUCCAGUUAUGCUUCAAAUCAUGACAUGGUAGUGUCAAUAUUUUACACCAUUGUGAUACCCAUGUUGAAUCCUAUAAUCUACAGUCUAAGGAACAAAGAUGUAAAAGAUGCAAUGAAGAAAUUAUGGAGAAAAUUUGGUUCAUAA